AUGAGAGCAGUUGCUAUCAUUCUGGCCCUGUCCACCACCUUGGAGGCCAUCCUCGCAGUCCCUAGCGUUGGGAAAUCACUACACUCCUACAACCAUGCACCGCUUGAGCCAAAAGGUGUUCGCCCCAUAAAGCAGGUUAUCACGAACCAUAAUGAUGAUCCUUCCUCGCAAAGCUACACCCUCCGGGCCAGAGUCGGCACUCCACCCCAAGAUCUUACCUUAGCAUUGGAAUUGUCUCAGUCAGAUACCUGGUUUACAACUGGCUGCCCCAACGAAGACCCGUCAUGCAAGGACUUGUACUUCAAAACCAAGCAAUCAAAGACACUCAGUCGUGCGCUAGGCACCGCCAAAGUUAGCUACGGUGACCCAACGACAAUUCCUCCCAGCAACGAUACCAUUGACCUUGCAAUUCAUCAAGAUGUGAUUAGCAUCGCUGGGGUCACUAUUCCUCGCCAACGCUUCGGCCUCAGCUCUCCAGAUUUCGGACCUACUGAUGCUGCGGGUUUGAUAGGUCUGGGGCCUAAUCUUAAACUCGGCUACCGUGCUGGCAAGCCGUAUAACACGGUUCUUGACAGCCUAGCGGCUAGAGGAGCGAUUGCAAGCCGCACUUUUACUCUUCACACAGGAAGCUAUGAUGAUGAUCACGGCGUCAUAAUUUGGGGUGGUGCAAACACCGGAGGUUUUCGAGGCAGGCUCGUCAAACGCCCACUUGUGAAGGAUGAGCUUGGCACGUUUGGGCCCUCGAUUGCCCUAACAGGCUUGGCCCAGAAGUCUUCUCAAGGCAAACAUUCUUACAAGAUCCAGAAAAGCGACUCUGUUUUCCUUCUGGACACAGGAAACCAAUACUUGCGGCUUCGACAUUCCUUCGUGGACCCGCUGUUGAAAGAUAUGGGUGCCGUCAAUGAUGGCAACGACGCGUGCUUUGUUCCCUGUUCCAAGCGCCAGGAACCUGGAAGUUGGGACUUUACCUUUGGAGAUAUCACUAUCAAGGUUCCUUACCGCGAGAUCAUCACUGAAAUCAAAGAUGACAGUGGCAUGUGCUGGGUAGGAGUAUUAGUGACAUGGAAGGGACAGCUCGUCUUGGGUCUACCUUUUAUUCGGAGUGCAUAUCUUGCUUUUGAUUAUGACAACAAAGUUGUUGCCUUGGCUCAGCCAGCCAAGUGCCCUGAGCACCUCGUGGCGUUUGGCAAAGGGCGCAAUGCCAUACCUUCCGACCUUUAUGGCUGCUAG